UCAGGAUGUUGCAGAUUUUAUCCUACUUCUCAUGAAACUACAUAGUUUUUAAGGUUAAAUAAUCUAAGUGGUUAAUGAUCCAAACAAACAACAAUUGCAGGAUGCCCACUGAGAGACUUUAUUGUGCAAAUGGGAAACACAUUAAAGUGGUCCGUUAGGAAAAGAAAAGAGAGUUUGGCCUAUUGAUCACGAGUCUGCAAACUCCCAUGCUGCUUUAUUUAAAAUGGUUCACUUCCGAUAUACUUAUUUAAGCAGUUUAGGCCAGCAGUAAGAAAAAAAACAUGUAUUCUGGGGAAAAACGUGCUUUUGCAUUUAUAUGGAACUUACAAGCAAGUUAAUGCAAUGUACUUCUAUAUGUGUACGACCAAACAAAAGAUAGCAAAUUAUAUUUUCCAUGGAUUUUUCCUACGAAAUUCCUACAUUAAAGAUGUUUUCUGCACCCUUUUGGCCCACUUACUACUUGUGAGCAUUGUAGGGAAUGACUGGUUUAGAAGGAACCUAAUGCAUGACUUGCAACAUGAGAAAGAAGUAAUGGCCCAGUAGCUUGCUCAUUCCUGCAUAUACUGUGGAAUGCACUUCCUUGACAACAAAUCUGCCGGUCACAGAAGAAAUGUGUUCAUCAGGAAGCAUCUCAUUUAUCUUCCUUCCCUCAUUAUGCUGGUUUUGGAGCCAGAGAAUCCAGUUUCUUGAGCUACCUUGAGCUGACAGGGAUCUUAAAGCAGACCUGUAGGAGCACCUGCAAAAGACAUGGCACACAACCGUGUAAGAAACGCCAAUCAGAUGGUGGUGAUAUCCACAGUAGAGGAAUGGCUCUCCUUCAAGUCACUGCUGCAGACCUGCUCUGGUGAUAAACACGUGCAGCUAACUUUUAGUUCUCAGGCAUCAAAUCAGGCCUGUGACUUGGCUGUAGAUGGUCACUCAGCCAGCUUGCACUAUGCAGAGUUUAAAGAAGAUAUGAAUGAGGCUGACAUCAGUUUGGCACUAGACGCCUGCUUUAAAUCAUGCACGGAUGGAAUCUGCACUUUUUUGCUGCUGAUCCAAGGUGGACAUUAUACAGAAAAGGAGAGAAGAAUGCUUGAGAUUCUGCAGGCCAACUUUGGAGAGGAGGCUUUCAAAUACUUGGUGGUCCUGUCUCUGGAAGAUGCAAAAGUUACCAACACAAUGGACGACGGCCUCCUUGAGUUGAUAAACAUGUGUGGCGGAAGGUUCUGUCAAAUCACAUCAUCUGCAGCACGAGACAAACUGCGCUCUCUACUCUUGAUGGUCGACCGCAUGCUGACUGAGAGUGGCAUAACGGGUUACACCGACAACAUGUUGACUGAAGCUAAGAAAAGGAGCACAGAGGACUUGGCCACAAAGGUUCUGAAACAGAAGAUGAAAGAGGCAGAGGAAAAGGAGCAAGCCUUUAAUACAAUGGUUCAACAACAGGAGGAGAGACGAGCCAAAGAGAUGGAGGAGCUGAAGGCAAAGCAUACAGAGGAGAGAAAGAAGGAGGCAGCUGAAAGGAAGAUAUAUGAGAAGAGAACAGCGAGCUUGGAGGAGGCUAUGAUGAGCCACAGAGCCAUGCUGCAGCUCAAGAUGAAUGCCUCUGAUGAUGACGACACAGAGAAGAUAUCAGUUGUUUUCCUGGGUAUCUCUGGCAGCGGGAAGUCCUCAGCUCUAAAUCUAAUCCUAGAGAGAGCAGGUAAUCAAUACUCAAUCUCUGACUCUAUCCAUGAGACCACCCAGCCCACCUUCUCCUGUGAGAGGAAACAGGUGUUUGCAGCUGGGAGGAAACUCAUCCUGGUGGACACCCCCGAGCUGUGGGACGAGGACGGGGUGGAGGAUCUGGAGCUGGUGAAGGACUGUCUUUCUUUGUCCUUACCUGGACCCCACAUCUUCCUACUGGUGCUCCAAGUGGGUCGUUUCACCCAGGGCGAGUGUGAGAUGCUCCUGCACCUGCAGAGGAUCUUUGGACGAGAAUUUGCCGAGUACACCGUCGUCCUCUUCGUCAGCUUUGAUGGCAGCCAGCACAAGCUUCAGAGGAUUGAUGACUACGUGGCCAAUGCCCAUGAAACCCUGCAGGAUCUGGUCAGGAAGUGCGGGAGUAGGUAUUAUGAGCUGAGUGCAACAAAGUCCCAGAAUGCUUUGAGCUUCCCUCAGGUGAAAGACCUGCUGUCAGGAAUCAACAAGCUGGUGGCUUCACAUGGAGGCCGGCCCUACCCAGUGAGAAGAUUUACUGAGCAGGAGCUGCAGGAGAGGAGGAGAGGGAUAGAGGAGAGGAAGGAGGAGGCUUUGGAAGUAAACUACUUAUUGAAAGAUGCUUGAUUUUAGUCAUCGAAGACAUGCAAUGCUACAAAAUCAAAUGCACAAGAGUCAGUCCUGCAGGGGUUUAGGAAAUUCAGAAAUUUGCAGUGGCAUUGCUUUUCUUCAUGCUGUCAUUCUAGUUUGCUUUUAAAUGAUUGUGAAUGUCUUUUUGGGGUGUUUUUCAGGGAAUUUAAGUUCAUUAAAUUCUCAACUUAGCACAGUUUGAUGAAAUUCUUGUCUUGUUUUUGGGUAAACAAAACAUCUAAAGUAUUAAAACUUUUGCCAGUAAUACUCUACAAAAAGAUAAACAAAAAAAGGUAAGGUUAGUAAAGCUUCACUAAAAUUGUCAUUGAUACUGAGUAACGAUAAAGUAAAGAACUUUGCAUUCACAAGGGGAUAAAUCUAUGAAAGCCCAUUUCUCUCACUUAACAAAAUGAAAGGUGGGUCAUUAUUUAAAAAAAAAAAAAUCUUGAAUCAAAAUUAAGAGAUAAAGAGGCAAAAUGUGAGAUUAAAAAUUUAAAUCAUAAGAUAAAAAGUUAAAAUUAUGAUAUAGAAAGUAAAAAAAAUAAUAAAAGGUGAGAUUAUGAAAUAGAUUAAAAUUAUGAGAUACCAAGUCAGAACUAUAAGAUAAAACGCAAAAUUUGAGAUAGUCAAGAUUAUAGAAUAAAGGGAAAAAAUAUGAGAAGAAGAAACAUAAGAAAACAGUCAACAAUAUGCAAAAAAGUCUAAAUUAUAAGAUAAAGGCAUUAAUGGCAAGAAAAAUCAAAGUUAUGAGAGAGAAAGUAAAAAAAAAUAAGAUGAAAAGUGUGAAUUUAGAGAUAUAAAGGUGAAAUUAUUUGAUAAAAAUGAAAUUCUGAGAUAUAAAGUUAAUACUUUGAGAUAAAAAAAAAAACCUGUGAGUUAAAAAGUCAGUUAUGAGAGCAAAUGUCAAAAUUAAGAAUAGAUAAGAUGAAAAUUUUAAAUAAAAAGACAAAAUUAAUGGAUGCUUAGCUAAAUUCUAAAUUAUUGAUAUCAUAUUUGAGAUAUUAAGUCAUAACUAUGAUAUUUAAGUCAAAAUUAAGCAGAAAGAUGUCAAAUUUUGAGACUAAGUCAUAUUCAUGACAUAAGAAGUUGAAAAUUAAAUGUAAAAAUAACAAGCUAAAAGGCAAAAUUAUGAGAUAGAAAGUAGAAGUUAUAAGAAAAAUGGUGCUCUUGUGAGCUGUAGUAAAUUUGAUUAUGAAAUCAAAAGUUGAAAUUAGAAGAUUUAAAUUCAUAAUCAUGACAAAGUCAUAAUAUUAGUUUAGUAAUAAUAUCAUUGUGAGAUAGCCAAUUCUAUCUGAGAGAAAUUACAAAAUUCAGAGAAAAAAAUGUUAAAAUGAUGAGCUAAAAAGUCAUUUUAUAAAACAGUUUAAAUCAUGAGAAAAAAAGUCAAAAUUGUCAUGGAGGAUGUUAACAUAUAGGUGUGAAUAAGUCAGCCAUUAUUAUAAGAUAAUGCCUUUUCUAAUUAAAAAAAUACAACUUUGACUUAUUUACUCGAUAAUGACUUACCAUCUCAUUAUGUUUACUUUUAACUCGUUUUUAUUUAGUAAUUUUGAGCUUUUAUUUAAUAAUUUUGACACGUUUCAUAAUUAUAACUUACCAUAUCAUACUUUUGACUGUUUUUCAAUAAUUAUGACUUACUUUUGCAUAAUUCAGAGGUUGGAUUUCUAUUUUUAAGAUAUUUUUUUCUUUUUUAAACAGUGGCACAAAAAUGAGCAACUAACAGCUAGUUAACCUGGAAACAAAUGAGUUUCUACCUGGUGGUUUUUGGAAGAAUAAAAAAAAAAAAAAAAAACCAUCAUUCAUUAAUUCAUUAAUCUAUAAUAAAAUUAUCGUGGACGCUAUGUAAUAUGAAGCACUAAGUUCCUGUGAACCAGGAAGUGAAUGAGGAAGUAGCAGCUAGUUAACCAGGAAAAGAAUGAAGCACUAUUUAACCAUUAGUUAACAUGUAGACAGUGGAUAACUCAAUAUCAAAUGUACGCAGUACUGAAUGAUUGCUUAAUAGAAAAGAAUGUUAGAUAAAAUAAUACUUUUUGUAUUUUCAGAGAAUUAGUGACACCAUAUUUGCAAGUUACUAUUUGCCAGUGGUUAAAUUGUGGAUAAAUCUUUUUAAAUCUUACAAAGUCACUGAUUUCUUUCAGUUUAUGAUCAUAUUGGCUUGCCACUUCAGACUUAAUCAUUCCUUAAUGACUGUCAGUGGUGAAUAAAGUUACCCUCUUAUUCUAAGUAUGAUAGUGGGUUGCUGCUCAUAUGCUUUAUCCCUUCUGGUUCCCUGGUUAACUUCCUGUAAUUAGUUACUUUUUCACUAUACAUGCCAGUUUUUCUUUUUACUCUUUCAGUAAAUACAAAGUAAAUAAGAAUUAUAUUUUUGAUAAAUGAGUUUUAUGCCUAAAGAGCAUAUGAAGGGAUGUUUUUAACUGUGCAUACAUGUCGUGCUGAGACUUAAAUGGUGGUGCUGUGGGGAUUUUCCAAACUAAAGGGGAGCAGAACACAUCAGACAUUUCCAUGCUUAUGUUUAUCAGUAUAGGGCAGAGCUGGGAGGGAAAAUAGAUGUACUUUCCCAUGAUGUGAGGACUAAUCUGACUGGUUUAUGAGAUUUGCUUGCUGAUAUCUUGAUUGCUUAACAGUUAUUUCCUCAAACAUGA